GUCUACAUCAUCCGGGUCACGUGGUCCAGCGGCUCCACUGAGGCCAUUUACCGUCGCUACAGCAAGUUCUUCGACCUCCAGAUGCAGAUGUUGGACAAAUUUCCCAUGGAAGGAGGGCAGAAGGACCCCAAACAGCGGAUCAUUCCCUUUCUGCCAGGCAAAAUCCUCUUCCGGCGAAGCCACAUCCGGGACGUGGCCGUCAAACGCCUGAUCCCAAUUGACGAGUACUGCAAGGCCCUGAUCCAGCUGCCCCCCUAUAUCUCUCAGUGCGAUGAGGUGCUGCAGUUCUUCGAGACAAGACCUGAGGACCUGAAUCCCCCCAAAGAGGAGCACAUUGGGAAAAAGAAAUCUGGGGGUGACCCGGCCUCAGUGGACCCCAUGGUGCUGGAGCAGUACGUGGUGGUGGCAAACUACCAGAAGCAGGAGAGCUCGGAGAUCAGCCUCAGCGUGGGGCAGGUGGUGGACAUCAUUGAGAAGAACGAGUCAGGUUGGUGGUUUGUUAGCACCGCUGAGGAGCAAGGCUGGGUCCCCGCAACCUGCCUCGAGGGCCAGGAUGGUGUGCAGGAUGAGUUUUCCCUGCAGCCUGAAGAAGAGGAGAAGUACACCGUCAUCUACCCAUACACAGCUCGGGACCAGGAUGAGAUGAACCUGGAGAGAGGGGCCGUGGUGGAGGUCAUCCAGAAAAACCUGGAAGGCUGGUGGAAGAUCAGGUUCCAGGGCAAAGAAGGCUGGGCCCCCGCCUCCUAUCUAAAAAAGAGCAGUGGGGAGCCCUUACCGCCAAAGCUGCGCCCCGGCUCGCCUGCCCAGUCGGGGGCCCUCGACACGGAUGGUGUUUCCUGGCAGCAGAAUGUGGCAGGCAGGGAGAAGGAGCUGCUCAACAACCAGAGGGAUGGCAGGUGUGAAGGCCGCCUGGUGUCCGAAGGCGAUGUCAAGCCGAGAUCACCGAAGAUGAGGCAGAGGCCUCCUCCACGCCGGGAUAUGACCAUACCUCGAGGUCUCAACCUGCCGAAGCCGCCCGUCCCGCCCCAAGUGGAGGAAGAGUAUUACACCAUCGCUGAGUUCCAGACGACCAUCCCGGACGGCAUCAGUUUCCAGGCGGGCCUGAAGGUCGAGGUGAUCGAGAAGAACUUGAGCGGCUGGUGGUACAUUCAGAUCGAAGACAAGGAGGGGUGGGCCCCGGCCACCUUCAUUGACAAGUACAAGAAGACCAGCAAUGCCUCGAGACCCAACUUCCUGGCCCCUCUGCCCGAUGAGGUGGCGCAGCUCCGGCUGGGCGAUGCGGCCGCCACGGAGAACGGUGCAGGUGGCGAAGCCGGCGGGCCCUCCCGGCCCCUGCCCGAUGCACCACAUGGUGCUGUGGACUCCGGGGUGCCGUGGUCCAGAGACUGGAAGGGCGGCAAAGAAGCCCUGAGGAAGGCGUCCUCGGACAUGUCUGCGUCCGCAGGCUACGAGGAGAUCUCGGACCCCGACCUGGAGGAGAAGCCCAGCCUGCCCCCGCGGAAGGAGUCCAUCAUAAGGUCGGAGGGGGAGCUGCUGGAGCGCGAGCGGCAGCUCCGGGGUGCCUCGCCCAAGCCCCCCGGCGUGAUCCUGCCGAUGAUUCCGGCCAAACACACACCCCCAGCCCGGGACAGCAGGAGGCUGGAGCCCAAAGCUGACAAGACCAAGAUGUUCCAGCUGAGAAAUGACAUGGGCCUGGAGUGUGGCCACAAGGUGCUGGCCAGGGAAGUGAAGAAGCCCAACCUCCGGCCCAUCUCCAGAUCCAAAGCUGACCCCCCAGAGGAGAAGCCAGAAGCCAUUCCCCAGAAUCCCUUCUUGAAGUCCAGACCCCAGGUGAGGCCCAAACCCGCUCCUUCUGCCCGGACAGAGCCCUCUCAGGGCGAGGACUCGGUGGACAUCUGCAACCUCCGGAGUAAGCUCAGGCCUGCCAAGUCCCAAGAGAGAGCCUCGCUGGACGGGGAGGGCCACCAGGCAGUUGCGGGCCAAGACAUGGCCAUUAGACGAAGCAUCCUCCCAGGGGAGGGUCCUGGCCGGGCCCAGGACAGGACAGGCAGACAGGACGGGCUCAGCCCCAAGGAGAUGUCCAGCCGAACCCCGCCAAGGCCAGCCAAGACCACAGAUCCUGGGCCUAAGAACAUGCCCGCCCCUCUCCAAGAGGCACCCCAGCAGAGACCUGUGGUCCCACCCCGGAGACCUCCACCCCCAAAGAAAACCACGUCGUCCAGGCCCCUGCCAGAGGUCAGAGGGCCACCGCGUGAAGUGAACGAAAGCAAGGUAGCUCCUACCCCAGGCCGUGCCCUGCUGGUCCCUCCAAAAGCCAAACCGUUCCUCUCCCACACCCCUGGGGGCCAAGAUGAGGUGCGAGGCAAAGGUGGCCUCGGGCCAAGGGGAACUGGUAAGAUUGGAGAGAGCAGGGAGAAGGCGGCUGCAGCCUCCUGCCCCAACGCCGACGGCCUGAAGGACUCUGUGUACGUGGCCGUGGCCAACUUUGAAGGAGAUGCGGAUACCAGCAGCUUCCAGGAAGGGACAGUGUUCGAAGUCCGGGAAAAGAACAGCAGCGGCUGGUGGUUCUGCCAGGUCCUGAGUGGGGCCCCAUCCUGGGAAGGCUGGAUUCCUUCCAACUAUCUCAGAAAGAAGCCAUAGGUGUCUCCCGCCCUGCCCGGAGGUGCCCUGGUCCCUGCUGGCUCUUCCCACAUAUUUAAUAAGCCUCUUAAUUUAUCAUUCUCACGCAGCUUCAAAAGAAGGCGGGCUUUGGAGUACUGUGGUUUCUUCCCUCCCACAGGUGGCGAGUUUGCUGCACAGGGACCUGGGGAGCCCCGGGUCUGAUCUCCAGUCACAGAAUUCCUGGAGGCUUGGAAGCCACAGGCUUGCUUUCCUUCCAUCCCUGCCUUAAGAGAACGCCUUCUCCUGGACAGAGCACUGCCAGCCAGCAUGGGACCGUGAGUCCCCAUGACCCCUGGGACCAGAAUGUGUCAUCUGGAGGAGCUUGAAAAGUCUCUGCGGAAACACAGCCCGGGAAGGGGCAGCCCAUCCCGUCCCGACGACUUGCUCUCUGUGUGUCCAGAAGCCCGGUGGCUUUACUCUGUUUCCAAAAUGCCUGAUACAGAAGGAACUCCAUCCUGUAGAAGUAGCUUCAUUGCCAGUUCCAGGGCUCACGUCCUCCUCCCUGAGGCCCCAGACCCAUGGGCCUCUGAAGUUCGGCUGGGUGCAGCUGCCCCAGAGUGGGCUGGGUCCUUUCGGCCAGCCUGCCUUCCAUCUCCUACCUUGUGAACAGACUCAGCUCUGGAGGCGCACUCCAGGCCUGAGCACCCUUCCCUGUCCCGCCACAGCCUCCUCUCCACCCAGGGUUGUGAACCAAGAAUUCCUGGCCCCACGUGGGUAUUUUGUUUUGUGUCCCUAGCGUGAGUCUUGAGUUAGUUUGAAUAAGGGGCCGCAUAUAAGCCAUGCCCCGGUGAGCAGCCCUUGCUGAGUGGGUGUAAGUGCCAAAUGCUGUACCUGGCACUGGGCAUCUGUAUGUUUACCCUCACCACCCCGCCUCGGACUCUUAUACCCACUUUAGAGAUGAGGACACUCGGGUUCAGUGUGCCCAAGGGUGCGCUAACUAGGAGCAGGUAGUCUGAGCCCAGGUCUGCCUGACCCCCGUGCCGGUGCUCUUCCUGCAGGAGGAGGAGACCAGGCGGUGAAGAACAGGAGCAGCUGGGUGCAGGAGCAGGGGCCACGUGGCGUCCCUGUGGUGUGGGUGAGGGGGCAUCCGUGACUGUGCUCAGCGUGCUUGCCCACGGUCGGGGUGCCCAGGCCCUGUGCUAGCCACAGAGCCCUAUGCACUACCCCUCUCCUGGGCCCACCCCCCAGGACAGGCAGACAGAUAGCACGGAGCACAAGCAGCUGACGUGGCUUGAGGACCAGCAGCUGCAUCUCCGGCACACCAGGUAUGGUGUGAGGUAGCCCCACAGGACAGGGACCCAAGGACCAGGCAGACACCUCCUGUCCCUCUCCGCCUCUGCCUCCUGCUCCCCUUUGGCAUUUGUAGAGCCGAGUUAUUUUGUUUGCUUGGUCUUUUGUGUUUUGUUUUGUUUUGUUUUGUUUUCCAUGCACUCUCCUCUCUGUUUUUUCCCUGGGAGGGCCCCAGGGCAGCCCUUCCACUCAUUUGACCAGUGUGGGUCACUGAGGUACAGAGUCACUGCUCUGUCAUUGCUAAACUAAAAUCAAAAGCCAAGGCUUCCAGCUGCCCACCCAGAGCUCCUGCUCGCAGGCCUCUUCCCACCGUGCCCCCAAGCUCUGAUUCAGGGCUCACCUGCUGAGGUGCUCUCAGAACCACCAAGCGACCUUCAAAUUCCUGACCUUCCCGGGACUGCUUCUCUUCCACCUGCAGUGCCAAAGAUUUCGUGCAGAUGGCCCUCCUCUCUCCCUCAGCCUUGGCCCUGCCACGUGGGCUCUGGCUGCUCCCACAGGAGAAGGGGUGCCUCUGACCCUCAGCAGCACCUGAAGCCCUCUCCAGCUGACCUGCAAAUCCUGGGGCGGGGCCUGCUGCCCUUGGCCCUGUGCCCAGCACCUCAGGGGAAAAUGGCACCCUGGAAAGGAAGGGAGGCUGGACAGGGUCCCCUCCCCCAGGUCUCCCCACAUGGGAGGAGGCCCCAUAGCAUGGUUUUCUGAGGUUUUGAUCCACUUAGGUCUAAACAGUUUUUGUGAAACUGUUUUGCAGGAUUUUACUACAUUUCGAAAGACGUAAUUUUUUAAUUUUUUUCUCCAAUGAGUUUUCGGUGUUCACUGGCCCUUCGAAGCAUUUCUUGAGCGUCCGCUGCAUGCUGGGCGCCGAGUAGACCGCGGUGCGUGGGGUGCAUCCCUGAGGGUGAAGCGCUUGGGUUUGUCCUUUGCCUUGGUCCCUUCACCAGGGGUCAGCUGGGUGAGAAAGGCCCAGCUCCACCUUCCCCCUGGGCAGGGCGCUCUCUUGCAAGUGAAAACAUCUGCCGUUUUUCCUGUGGUGGUGACGAUGUGGACUGUGGAUACGAAGUCUGCUGUCCUUUCCUCGGGGCACGUCUGGCAGGAGGACUCCCGGCCCAGCUCCUUGCUGCGCUGGUAGACAAGUCUUGAUGCGUCCUAGGCUGGUUGAGACCGAGGUUUACACCGUCUGGGCCUGUGGGCGCCCCUCUGAACAGCGAGUGGAGCAUUUGCAAGUCUGCCCUGGAGUCACGGCUCUGAAAACAUCCAGGGCCAUCGUAAGGCCAUCUUAAUAACUGUGGCGCAAGCCAGGCCGGGCCACGGCACUUAAAUGCACCCCCUCCUUUAAUUAGGCCUCCUGACAAGGGGGAGAGGGUCAGCCCCGAUCUGUAGUGAUAAAAUUGAGCUUCCUAGGGUGAAGUCUCAUGGCCAGCCAAACUGGGCCCAGACCCAGGGGUGUUUUUCUCCUCAGCCCCGUGGCGGUCAGCAGUGAAGAGUGCACGGGAAGUCCAGGGACUGGGUAACCUUCCUCCCGAAUUUAGGCAUCCCUGCCCACUGCGUGGUAACUGCUUUGUCUUAGACCCUGGGGCCAAGGUACAGCUCUGGCGCCACCACGGCUUUGAAAACCUGGUGAAACAGGCCUGUGCUCUGGGGCUCUCCAUGCUGCUGGGUGGGGGGACACCGUGUCCCAGGCUGAGGCUUGAUGGGACCAAGCUCCAGUGGGAGCCACUUUAAUGCCACAGCCCCCCCAGGCUUAGUGGCCUCAUCUGAAGCCUCUACCACAAGACCCCUCCUGUUGACCACCCCAAGGUGAAGCUGGCCUUAAAUCAUCACACCUGAGCCCACCAGGGACAGCACCAGGUGGGAGGACACACCUGCCAUGGGACGGAGCAGGGACCGAGUCUCCCCAGGACUGGGAAGGAACUGGGGCCGAGGACGGGAUAGUCGUAUUUAUUAGCUCUGCCAAGUACUCAGCACCGAGAGAGGAGAAACUGCUCCUGCCCUCAGAUGGCUGGCCACUUGCACCAACGACAGGAACGGCUGGGACCCCGGCUUUUCAUUGUGCCCCAGGGUCUAAGUGUUGGGCUUAGCUUUCCCCAGGAGGCCUUGCUCCACCCUCUGUCCUGUGGCAGUGGGCACCUAAUGGCCUGAGGCGUGCAUGGUAGUCUUGUCCCCAGACCCACAGACUGAAUUUCUGUGCCACCGCCAAGCUAUGAACUAUUGGACGCGUUCCCCCCAGGAAUGGGAAACCAGUUUGCAUUGAGGUCUGAGAGUGCAGGGUGCCCUCCCUCAGCCUAGGAGCAUUGCUUCUAACCGGGUGGGGUUCUGAGGUCUAGACAGCCCACGGCCAUGAGUGUCCCAGGUAGAGCUGUACAGCUGCAGGGUCAGAACCAGGAAGCGUCACAGCCCUCAUCACUUGGAGCCACCAGCUGGGCUGAGCUGCCUGCCUGCUGGCUCAGGAAGGUCACACCCUGCGCCUGGUGCUCUCCUGCCCAGGUACCGAGCUCCCGUUUCCGAAUUCCAUCCUCCCUGUUCUCUACUCCGCGGUCAGCCUUCGAGCUCAAUCGAAAAUGAAGGGCUAAACCUCUGGCCCCUAGAGAGGCCACACAGUGUCACACCGGUCACCUUCACUUUCAGACCUGUACACCUAGGAGGUGGCCUCGCCAGGCCUACCCAGCAAUACGAUCACACUACAACGAAGGUGCCCACGUUCGACCAGCGCCUGCCUGGUCCUGCCUUUGCGCCCGUGUUGUUAGCACCCCUUUCACACACAGGGCGAACUGUGGUCACCUUAGCUGUGCCCACAUUCCCUGCUUCAGGGAGCCACCUCAUCGCAGCCCUCUACACCCCCCAGGAGCAGUGUGCUCUGGUGGCAGCCACCACCUCGCAUCUGUGCCAUGGAGGACGCCAGAGACCUGGGCAUCUCGGCACUGCCCACAGCCUCUUGGCAGGCUGGCACAUUCUGGUGGUGGUUUUUGUUUCAACCCGGACAUGAGGAUAUACAAUGUGAGGGCCGGGUGAUGGCCACCAGCCAUAGCAUGUGUAGACCAUGUACUUUACCAAUAGACUUUCUCUCUCUCUCUCUCUCUCUCUCUCUCUUUUUUUAAAUAAAAUGAUGUGCUUGACUGGUUUCAA